GGGAAGUCUCCGGUACAGCGGUGCCCGACGACUCGUUUAUAAGCGAUGUUGUUUUGCUCGUUCGGUGAUUAUUUGGAUCUGCAGUGAUAGGAUACUGAAGAGAGCAGCGUUUUGAGAAACCUCCCUUCACCCCCAUCUAUGAAACCCUGCCCUGUGUCGGUGAAGAAAUAUGAAAGGCAUUGAACUGGGCAAAGACUAUGUACUCCCCAGUCCUGGGUACAGGGGUGUGGCCAGGAGAAACACACAGGAGUGUUGUGAAACCAAGUACCAGCCUCCAAAAGCACAGAACCGCGCUGUGUGCCAGGAUGCCUUGGAGACAGCGGCGCGAGCAGAGGGGCUGUCCCUGGAGCAGCUUAAAAUCCUGGACGAGGAGAAUCCCAAGAGCAAGUACCAUCAGAGCAUCAACCUGCUGAAACCAUUCCGCACCACGUCCAAACACAAGCACCCCGUAGACAAUGCUGGCCUGUUCUCCUUAAUGACAUUUAACUGGCUGACUCCAGUGGCUGCCCAAGCCCAUAAGAAAGGAGAGCUGAACCUCGAGGAUGUCUGGGCACUGUCCAAGCUCGAGAGCUCAGAGCACAACAGCAGGAGGCUGGCACGGCUGUGGCAGAGUGAGCUCCGGGACUGUGGGGAGGAGGAUGCCUCUCUCAGGAGGGUGGUCUGGAAGUUCUGCCGCACCAGGAUUCUCAUCUCUAUAGUUUCCCUUAUGAUCACACAGCUAGCAGGCUUCACUGGACCAGCCUUCGUGGUGAAGGGUCUGCUGGAGUACACACAGCACAGCGAGCCCCGUGUCGCCUACGGCUUGCUGCUGGUUCUCGGGCUCUUCAUGACGGAGGUGAUCCGGUCCUGGUCUCUGGCCCUCACCUGGGCCCUUAACUACCGCACUGGCACCCGGCUCCGAGGGGCAAUCCUCACCCUGGCUUUCCAGAAGAUCCUCCGGCUGAAAAACAUCAAGGAGAAGUCAAUGGGCGAGUUGAUAAACAUGUGCUCCAACGACGGUCUGCGGAUGUUCGAAGCUGCCGCGGUGGGGAGUUUGUUGACCGGCGGCCCGCUCAUAGCAAUCCUCGGGAUGGUUUUUAAUGUGAUCGUUCUCGGACCUACAAGUUUACUGGGAUCCGCGGUCUUCAUUCUCUUCUACCCAGCCAUGAUGUUUGUCUCCAGACUCACAGCCUAUUUCAGAAGGAAGGGGGUCGCGGUGACAGAUGAGCGGGUGCAGAAGAUGAAUGAAAUCCUCAACUACAUCAAGUUCAUAAAGAUGUAUGCCUGGGUGAAAGCGUUUUCCCAGGCUGUGCAGAAGAUCCGCGAGGAGGAGCGGAGGAUCCUGGAGCGUGCCGGGUACUUCCAGAGCAUCACGGUGGGGGUUGCUCCCAUCGUGGUGGUGAUUGCCAGCGUGGCUACCUUCUCCGUGCACAUGCUGCUGGGCUAUGACCUCACCGCAGCCCAGGCCUUCACUGUUGUGACGGUCUUCAAUGCCAUGACGUUCGCUCUCAAAGUAACCCCCUUCUCUGUGAAGUCUCUGUCCGAGGCCUCCGUGGCUGUAGACAGGUUUAAGAGUUUAUUUCUAAUGGAGGAGGUUCAGAUCAUAAGGACAAAGCCAUCGAACCCCCUCAAUGCCAUAGAGCUGACAGGCGCCAGCCUGGCGUGGGACACGUCCAGCACCAGCGCCUACCCCACGCCCAAGGGCACCCCGAAACUGAAGAAAGACAAGGGCAAGAGGAGAGACCGGAAGAGGCAGGAGGAAGAGGAGGAGGAGGAGGAGAAGGCGCAGGGGAAGCAGGGAGUGCUGGCUGAGCAGAAAGGACAGCUGCUGCUGGACAGUGACGAGCAGCACAGCCCAGGGGAUGAGAACAAGGUGAUCCAGAGCAUCAGCCUGCGACUGCAGAGGACUCUGCACUGCAUCGAGCUCUCCAUCGAGGAGGGGAAGCUGGUUGGGAUCUGUGGCAGUGUGGGGAGUGGAAAGACCUCUCUGAUUUCAGCCAUAUUGGGGCAGAUGACCCUGCUGGACGGCAGUAUCGCUGUGAACGGGGACUUUGCCUACGUGGCUCAGCAGGCCUGGAUCUUCAACUCCUCCCUGAGAGACAACAUCCUGUUUGGGAAGGAGUAUGAGGAGGACAGGUACAAUACAGUGCUGAGUGCUUGCUGUCUGAGAACUGACCUGGCCAUCCUCCCCAAUGGUGACCUGACGGAGGUCGGGGAGCGUGGAGCUAACCUGAGUGGGGGGCAGAGGCAGCGCAUCAGCCUGGCCAGGGCUCUGUACAGCGACCGCGCCAUCUACAUACUGGACGACCCCCUGAGCGCACUCGACGCACACGUGGGCAACCACAUCUUCAACAACGCCAUCAAGAAGCAGCUGAAGCAGAAAACCAUCCUGUUUGUCACUCACCAGCUCCAGUACCUGGUGGACUGUGAUGAGGUGAUCUUCAUGAAGGAUGGCAGCAUCACAGAGAAGGGAACCCAUGAGGAUCUGAUGGGUCUGAAUGGGGAUUAUGCUGCCAUGUUUAACAACCUGCAGCUGGGAGAGGCCCCUCACAUUGAGAUAAACAACAAGAAGAACACCAACUCCCUGAAGAAGCCCCCAGAGAAAGGACCCAAGGCUGGGUCUGUGAAGAAGGAGAAGACGGUUAAGAAAGAUGAUGGUCAGCUGAUGCUGGUGGAGGAGAAAGGCACGGGCUCCGUGCCCUGGUCUGUGUACGGAGCCUACAUCCAGGCAUCUGGGGGCCCCGUGGCCUUCCUGCUCAUCCUGGCUCUCUUUGUGCUCAACGUGGGCAGCACCGCCUUUAGCAACUGGUGGCUGAGCUACUGGAUCAAGCAGGGCAGCGGGAACACGUCUGUGUUGCUGGGCAAUGACACGGUGCUGAGUGACAGCAUGAAGGAUAACCCCCACAUGCAGUACUACGCCGGUAUCUACACCCUCUCCAUGGUCCUCAUGCUGCUUCUGAAGUUUGUGCGUGGGAUUGCCUUCGUCAAGGGCACACUCCGGGCCUCCACCAGACUCCAUGAUGCGCUGUUCCGUAAGAUUCUGCGCAGUCCCAUGAAGUUCUUUGACACGACCCCCGCGGGGCGCAUUCUCAACCGCUUCUCAAAAGACAUGGACGAAGUGGACACCCGGCUGCCCUUCCAGGCUGAGAUGUUCAUUCAGAAUGUCAUCCUGGUGGUCUUCUGCCUGGGCGUCAUCGGCUACGUGUUCCCCUGGUUUCUCGUGGCGGUCGGGCCCCUGUUCAUCCUCUUCAUCAUCCUGCACAUCGUCUCCAGGGUUUUCAUCAGAGAGCUGAAGCGUCUGGAUAACAUCACCCAGUCUCCCUUCCUGUCGCACAUCACCUCCAGCAUCCAGGGGCUCACCACUAUCCACGCUUACAACAAGGGAGCGGAGUUCCUGCACAGGUACCAGGAGCUGCUGGAUGAUAACCAGGCUCCCUUCUACCUGUUCAACUGUGCCAUGCGCUGGCUGGCAGUGAGGCUGGACAUCAUCAGCGUGGCUCUGAUCAGCAUCACGGGCCUCAUGAUCGUUCUCAUGCACGGGCAGAUCCCUCCAGCAUACGCAGGGCUCGCCAUCUCCUACGCAGUGCAGCUCACAGGCCUCUUCCAGUUCACUGUGCGGCUAGCCUCGGAGACAGAGGCGCGAUUCACUUCUGUGGAGAGAAUAAACCAUUAUAUAAAGUCUCUAGCUCUGGAGGCUCCUGCCCGCAUUAAGAACAAGGCUCCCCCCAAGGGCUGGCCCCACGAAGGGGAGAUCGUCUUUGACAACACCGAGAUGAGGUACCGCGAGAACCUGCCCCUGGUCCUCAAGAAAGUGUCCUUCACCAUCAGGGCCAAGGAGAAGAUCGGCAUCGUGGGACGCACAGGCUCAGGGAAGUCCUCUCUGGGUGUGGUUCUGUUCCGGCUGGUGGAGCCCUGUGGCGGAUCCAUUAAGAUCGAUGGGGUGAACAUCAAUGAGAUCGGGCUGGCAGACCUGCGCAGCAAGCUCUCCAUCAUCCCCCAGGAACCUGUGCUGUUCAGUGGCACGGUCAGGUCUAACCUGGAUCCCUUCAAACAGUACAAUGAGGAGCAGGUCUGGGACGCCCUGGAGAGGACCCACAUGAAGGAGUGUAUUGUUCAGCUGCCCCUGAAGCUGGACUCGGAGGUGGUGGAGAACGGGGAGAAUUUCUCGGUGGGAGAGAGACAGCUGCUGUCCGUGGCCCGUGCUCUGCUGCGCUGCUGUAAGAUUUUGAUCCUAGACGAGGCGACGGCGGCUAUGGACUCGGAGACGGACUCUCUGAUCCAGGAGACGAUCCGCGAGGCGUUCGAGGACUGCACCACGCUGACCAUCGCCCACCGCCUGCAGACCGUGCUGAGCUGUGACCGCAUCAUGGUGCUCAACCAGGGAGAGGUUGUGGAAUUUGACGAGCCCUCCAACCUUUUAGCCAAUGAAAACUCUCGAUUCUGCGCCAUGCUGGCUGCUGUGGAUAACAAGAUGACAGUGAGGGGCUGAAGGGCAUGACCCGAGCCGUGCAGAAACGCGACGGAAUGAGAAGGACCCUGUGUACCCGGGAAUGGAAAUCUUUCUCUUGCCAGUAGAGCGGAUUCCUGUCCUUGAGACUCUGCACAGCCUUGUCAUGCCUUCCUGUUAGCCCCUGUGAAGGGGCGGGUGUGUUACACUGUGUGUGGAGGAGGGACCCCCAAGUCUCGUCAUGACACAGACGCCUGUUUAUAGAGCAAACUGUUUUUCUUGUAUGUUUUAAUACUAAAUGCACUCCUAUAAAUAACGUGGUUCAGGGAACCGUAGAUAUAAAAAAAGAAGCAUAAUCCAUGUAUCUGUAGAUGCACACACACAAUAUGUAUGUAUAUAGAAUAUAAAUAUAUAUAUAUAUAUAUAUAUAUAUAUUACUGUGAAAAUGUUUUAAUUUGUACUUUUUCAUUUGGGUACUGUGUUUCACAGUGUUGUACAGUUUUUAUCAUGUACUUGUACAGCCUCACUGUACUGGAAUGUGUUUACUAGAUGGCUGCGAGAGGCAGGUUUAAUGUCAUGCUCGACAGUCUUUUCUUUUCCCGUGCUUCUGAAAUAUUUCUAUCUGAUAAUGUUGUUUUGAAUGUCCUUCAUCACAUGCCAGGGGACAGUGCAGUUGAAAUGUUUCCCAUGCUGCAGUGAUCAGACAGCCAGGGGGAGGUAUGGCUAGCACCCAGGAGGGUCAGCUGGACUGGGGAAAGAGAAGGAAGGUGGGGUUUGAGGGUUCCUGUCUGCUCCAAUGGGACUGGGGCACAUGGAGAAAGUGGGAGUUACCCCUUCUCCCUUCGUUUUAAAGAUUCUUGUGUUUUUUAAAUCCUGGCUUGCGGUCAGGUUCCUGCUCAGAGGAGGUAUUUCAUCACAUUCCCUGACUCAAGAGCAGCUGUUUAAUGAAGGCAAUCCUAUCGGUUCAAUGUAUCAGCAGUGUGCCAUGCAGCGGAGCAAUGUCUCUGCGUCCUGCUAAGAAGCGUGACUCAAUCGAGUGGCAUUUCGGGUGUGAUUUUGCUGGGUCUUUGCUGUGGAGCCUUGUACAGUUAUCUAAUAAUCUGUGUUUGUUUUUGAUGUUGCCACUUUUUCUUCGGUGCUCAUUGAAACCUCCGCAUUGGGUUACACUACCAUCUGCUGGUGAUCAGCCUGUCACUGCAUGUCAGGUGCUUGUUUCAAUAUACUUUAUUAGCCAGUCUGGACCUCACUGACCCUUUCCUAAUUAUUGUGGGACUCGGCUUUACAACAGUCCAUUGAUAAGUGUGAAGAGAGAUCUGCCGCCUGUUUGUGUUGCCAUGGAAACUGUCUGCUGACUCUGUUCUGUGGGACCAGCAGCCCCCUAAAGGAUCGCUUCUAGAAUAGUGAUGGUUUCUGGGACAGUCUGGUGAAAGAGUUUUUUUUUUUUUUUUUUUUUACUUCCAUUGACAUAUUUUUGAUAGCCUUAGCAUGACUGCAUACAUGCCUUGUAGAGGGAAAGGUGGGGACAAGGGAGAGGAAAUCUAUACAAUGUUUAAUAAAACUAUUUUUGAGUUUAUCCAGA